AUGUCAAGCUUGUUGUCGUACAUCGGCUGGGCCGUUCUACCAAAUUAUGUGGCUUCAAUCCUACAAAGCGUCUACUACGGCCUCACCAUCCGCGCCGGCGAUCCACGACCGCAACCCGGCUCACCGCGCUUCAACAAACACCGUCGCCGUAUCUUCAUCUCCGUGGUGACCCUCUACCUUUUCUACACCAUCUACGAAAGUUUCCACCAAGUCCGCGCCGAGGGAGACUUCUAUAGCCUGCUAGGCGUUUCGCCGUUGGCUGAUGAGCGGACUAUCAAAUCUCGAUUUCGGCGGCUGGCCGCUCAACAUCAUCCUGAUAAGCUGAAUCAGCAGCAGCAGACGACGUUGUCGGACAGCUUUUUUGUGUACUUGAAACAGGCCCAGGAUACACUGUUGGAUCCAUCGGUUCGGUUUGCGUAUGAUCAGUUUGGACCGCAGGUUACUGAGUGGAUAAAUAUUAAGACCACGCAGGAUUAUCUGUAUACUGGUUUGAAGAAGGCGUUGAUUCAGUAUCUUGGGGGUUUGGGAGCUAUAUUGGUGGUGAACUGGGUCUAUUGGUCAUCAUGGGGACGAUAUUGGCGGUUCUACACUUUUGCAGCUUUGAUCGCUCUUGAACUUGUCCUAGUGACGCGGUCAUUCUCGCUGGUCAUAUCUGCAGACUACAUACCUGAACUUAUCCGACCGUACAUCGGUCUCACCAAAACCACAACUGCACCGGUCUUGUACCUUUUGCCGUUUCAGAUCAUUUCACUAGCGCGCCGAGUGUCGGUUACAGUGCACAUUUUCAUUUCGCAAAUCACGCCGAUAUAUGUCACUCAAACAGCUACGUCGGCGAAAGGCGGCACACCAUUGAAGCAGGAGACGCUUCAACAGUUGGCUCAGGUAGCGCAGUUGUCAAAGUUGGCGGAUACUGAGGCUUCGCGAAUUUUGGAUUUGUCGUUGAGUCCGUUCCGGGGGGAUCAAGAGAGUGUAUCGUUGCUGCGGCGAGGGAUGAAGGAGGGACUGGUUGUGGGCAGUGUGCGGAGUGCGCCUGAAGUCCAAGAGGCGGUUGCACAGGUGCAGAGGCGGAGGGCAGGGCAAACUGUAGAUUCGUAG